AAAUCAUGUUUCGCGCUUAUUGCUUUUAUUUUGGAAGGUUUCUAGUUCCUGUUGGUUUCAUAGGCCAACCCAAGCAACAUUUUGUCGACAAAGGAGUAUGAUUAGUAUUUGUUAUGUAAUGAGAAACACUCGCAAGAAGCUGCUAUAAAUUACAACUCACACCCGAUUGAUGCCAUACACAGCCGUGUUAGCAUGUAGAGCGAGCCACGAACUCGCCGGCUAUCCUCGGGUGUCCUGAGGAAAACACUGAAGCGUUUCUUUCUUGAUUUUCCACUCCGUUUGAUCUUUUAUUGAAAGAAGAAAAGAAAAAGAAAAGCAAAGUUAAUCCACCUGCUUUGAUGAGUUUUUAUUGGAAAUCAAAAGGUUGGAUUUUCCUGCGGUCUGAGAAGGAGACCCAGAAAGAAAAAGAAAGAAGAUUCUGCCUUUCUCUUGCUCGUACUGAGUGGAAUCGAUCAGCUUGAACCUCCGCGUUAAUGACGAAAUUAACGCACAUUGCUCUCCUUUCUAUACAACAUACAAACACACUCGCAAUAUGUGAAACACGUGACAGAAGUAAUGCUUUGGAUCAAGGAGAUGGACAGAACGCGAUAUGCUUUGGAUCAUGAGCUUUUUUUCCCCCUUUCGAGGAUAGUUGUUUUGGAUCAAUCGUGUACAUGGACUGCUAAAUGUUGGGAUGUAGGAUGUUGCAUGCCUUGGAGUAUGAACGCUUCCCUUUUAUAGAUAUUUCACACAUGAUGUGGUAUGUGUUGAGUCAUCAUGAGCUGUCCCUUUCAUUGCUAGAUUGCCAGUGAAGCCAACGGUCAUCGACGUGGACAUUUUUGUCAACAGCAUCGGACCCGUGUCCUCCAUUAAUAUGGAAUACCAAAUCGACAUCAUCUUUGCGCAGACGUGGACCGACAGCCGUCUGCGCUACAACAGCACCAUGAAGAUCUUGACGCUCAACAGCAACAUGGUGGGCCUCAUCUGGCUGCCCGACACCAUUUUCAGGAACUCCAAGAAUGCCGACGCCCACUGGAUCACCAUGCCCAAUCAGCUGCUCAGAAUAUGGAACGACGGCAAGAUACUUUACACCUUGAGACUGACCAUAAACGCAGAGUGCCAGCUACAGCUGCACAACUUUCCCAUGGACGAACACUCGUGUCCACUUAUCUUCUCCAGCUACGGGUACCCGCGAGACGAGAUGGUCUACAAGUGGAGGAGGAACUCGGUGGAGGCGGCGGACCAAAAGUAUUGGCGCCUCUACCAAUUUGACUUCAUGGGUCUCAGGAACGCUACCGAAAUCAUCAAGACCACAGCAGGUGACUACAUGGUGAUGACGGUGUACUUUGACCUGAGGAGGCGAAUGGGCUACUUCACCAUCCAGACGUACAUCCCCUGCAUCCUCACCGUGGUCCUGUCCUGGGUCUCCUUCUGGAUCAAGAAGGAUGCCACACCAGCCAGGACCGCUUUGGGCAUCACGACGGUGCUGACGAUGACCACGCUGAGUACGGUGGCGAGGACGUCUCUGCCGCGCGUGUCCUACGUGACGGCCAUGGACCUUUUCGUCACCGUCUGCUUCCUGUUCGUCUUUGCCGCCCUGAUGGAAUACGCCACCCUCAACUAUUACUCCAGCUGCACCCGCGCGCCAACCUGCAUAGACCGGAAACGCCAUAACUACUCGGUCCUGGACGCAAGGCGGCCUCCUCACACGGUGGUGGCCCUGAACAACGCCACCUACUGGCAAGACUUGGACGACACGUGCGCAUCGCAGUGUCUGGACGGCAAAGACUGCGGCGCCUUCUUCUGUUGCUACGACGACUGCAGAGACGGCGCGUGGCGGAGGGGCCGCGUCCAAGUCGACCUGCUGGAUCUGGACGCCUAUUCCAGGGUCUUUUUCCCCACCUCCUUCCUCCUGUUCAACGUGGUCUACUGGGUGGGCUAUCUCUACCUUUAGCGUUGCCUGAUCGUGACAUCAGACGGGCGUCGAACGAUGGCCAUCCCAAAGAUAGGAACAAUGACAACACACCCCUGUUGGGCUGUGUGCCUACGGCGGCGCUAAGCUAGUAGGGGCAAAGGCGUCAGCAAGAACUCCCCCAUCCCAAAAAUGGGAAUAUCCUUUUCCCAGGUAAAAUUGUUUUGGUGGAUUGUUCUCAAAAUGUUCAGUAGCAAUAGUGCACGUUUUGGCAUUAACAAAAAAAAUGUAAACCUCAUGGAAAUCGGUUGAGAAAUAAGCAAGUCAAGUUUCAUGCCUUUGAUGGGAACGUCCUCCCCUGCAAACAUGGCCGCCACAUACGGAUGUUGGUUCA